UUGCAGUUGGCAGCCUCAAGUCAAGUGUUUUAUCGCCGAAUUAAACAUGAAGUUCUUAUAUUCUAUAGUUGUGCUGUGGUUUUUGAUCGAGGGCUGCAGUGUUCAGGGAAGAGCUUCUUUUGGAGCUUCCAAUGUAUUCAGUUCAUUUAACACUAUUGUAAAGGGUAUUGGCAAGGAGAUUCCCAAUGUUUUACUCACACCCCAAGAAUUGUUUAAGGCUUCCAAGCAGGUUUUGUUUGGUUUACCCGAGACGGCCGUGUUUAAGACCAUUAAUCAAGUUUGUUCUGUGUACUUGGCUGCUGAUACUAUUAAUCCUCGCGUAACACCCAAUAUGGAUACAAUGUCUUUACGUUUGCGUACACCCUGCGAAGAAUUGAUAUUCCCCUUAAACCAAGCCGAGGAGAUUUUAGAAAGUUCUGACUUUGAUGUUAACAAAAAGGUGGCUAUAUUUGUUACCGGUUGGAUGUCAGGUUCGGAUGCUGGUUAUGUCAGCGAUAUGGCAAAUGCUUUUAAUUGUAGAGGAGAUUAUAAUUUCUUGGCCCUAAAUUCUUCCGAUUCCAUUGAUACCUUAUACACUUGGUCUGCCUUUAAUACCGAAGAAGUUGGUCGCCAAUUGGCCAUAGCUCUUGCCAAACUAGCCGAACAAGUACCAGCAGAAAAUAUUCAUUUAAUUGGCCAUAGUUUGGGAUCCCAUAUUGUGGGCUAUGCCGGCCGUUACUUUACCAGUUAUACUGGCUUGAAAGUCUCACGCAUCACUGGUUUAGAUCCUGCCAAUCCCUGCUUUAACGAGGGUGAAUCUUUAUCCGGCUUGCAGCGUGGCGAUGCCGCCUUCAUUGAUGUUAUUCACACAAAUCCCGGUGUUUUGGGCAAAGAAAAUCCUGUUGGUGAUGUUGAUUUCUUUGUCGAUGGUAUGGCUCCCAUUAAGCCAGGUUGCACAAGAUUUGGUUGCUCCCAUGGUCGAGCUUAUGAAUAUUUCACUGAAUCUGUUUAUCCCGGCAAUGAGGAUAAUUUCCUGGGUGUGCGUUGCACUUCGUUGAGCAAAUUGAAAAAUGGCUAUUGUACGGGCUCUGAAUAUCCAAUGGGCUAUGCUGUUCCUUAUGAUUUGAGGGGUAACUAUGUGUUGUCUGCUAAUGCCGAAGAACCUUAUGGACAGAAUAAUAAUGGUCGGGCUGCUGUGCCAAGUGAGUGUGUGCCAGAGUGCAAUUGAAUAUACGAAACGAAUUUUAUGUAAAUUUGUUAAACUUAUGUAAAUAUUAUGUAAAUAUUAAAUGGAUAAAUGUGUGCAUAUAAAAAUUAA